CGUAGGUAAUGCAGUAUUUUUUAGCAAUUUUUUUACCCUAUCGGUCACGGCAAACGUAGGAGAGAGGAGAAAGGAAGCAUUAAUAAAGCAAAAUAUAUAAGCAGCAUCUAAUAAAAGGAACGAUACUUAUAUAUUUUAUCAGGGGCAAGGUUUUUCUUAGACGUUUUCUGAGCUGUUAGCCAGAGUCCAGGUUUUGACCCGACAUAUGGUGAGAUGGACAAUGUCCGGAAUUGUAAAAUUGUCUUGUAUAUAGUUACUGCUGGCUCAAUUGAAUGCUUCUUGCAGAAGCGAUAUGCUAUCAUCAAUAAGAGUUUACCUAACCACCCUAUUUUUGAUUCCAUCAGUACUAGCUCUAACUUGUCUAAAGAGCUUACUUCGUCUUCAGUAACCGAUGAAACAGGAUGUUCCGGAUCAGCAGGAGGUAGCGAUGCUUUACGAUCAUCUUCGUCAUCAACCCUGGCGAGGCGGUGUUGGUCGGCUGGAAAGUCGCUGGGCGAAUACUUGGCCCCCAGCAAAAAAAUACUAGAGUUGUUAAUUUUCAUCUUGGCGUGCCUAGCAGCCGCUACUCACGCUGGCCUAGUUUCGCCUGUAUACAGCGCCCCAUAUAGCUAUGGUGGCUGGAACCCAUACAGCUCAUACCCUGCCCAGCCGGCUAUCGCUUCGCAGCAUUCUAACAUCCUGAGAUCACCAUUCAAUUUGGGCCAGGUCUCUACGUACUCAAAGGCUAUUGAUACUCCUUUCUCGAGUGUUCGUAAAUCUGAUGUGAGAGUGAGCAACCCUGGUGUCGCCAUUGCACCUGCGUACACCCGCUUUGCUUCGCCUCUGGUCUCCCACGUCGGCGUGGCAGCGCCCGUCGCAAAGGUUGCUACAGGUGGACUUCUUGGAGUGGCCUACUCAGCUGCACCCACAGUUUCUCACAUGACUUACACAAACGGCCUUGGUCUUGCCUACGCUUGGUAAACAGAAUAAAAUGUUAGAUUAUUUAUAACGUUAAAUGCAUAGAAUGAUUCCUCUUUAUUUGUUACCUGUUAGUUGUUAACGUAAAUUAUUUACCUACAUUUUAGUAUUUAAUAUAUUUUACUGUUAAACAAAAGGAGUUUAUUUUAUCCCUUUUUAAUCCUACCAUUAGAUAUUUGUAAAAUUGGUCAGGCGAAUUUUAAUAAUAUCUACGCAGGCAUUUCCUACCUACCUUCCUAUUAAUAUAAAAGUUACUCUAUGUAACAAUUUUAUCAUGAGGUCCUAAUACAACCGCUCAAAGUAAUACCUGUCUUUCCCGUUGUGAAAAAGAGUCGCCGCUCUACCCCAUGUAGAGCUGUUUCGCUGUCCACCUGAAAUUAAACCUUAUAUUAGAUUAGAUUAAGUUCUUAUCUUCAACUUUGGAGUAGAACUUUUUUUUCUAGUACGAAUCUAGAUCUAAAGUACUCAUCGUUACGAUCCGAUUAACGCAGCAAUAUAUUUUCUGCAAUCUUUUUUUAAUGCUCGAAAAUCAUAGUUAUCGUAAUCUCAAUCACUAUUACAUGUUUUAUAUUGUUAUUCAGUCAAAGUAACAUUAAAAUACUGAAAAAGUGAAUCACAAACAAUAAUCUCACGCAAUCAUGCAGUCUUGAUAUUGACACAUGCAUAGUACGUCAUUUUAACGUCAUAAUCAUAAAUGUCAUUUCACUUCGGAGUUUUGUUGUCGCGGUUGCCAUUUUCCACUUGCCAAGUAACUAAUCACAAUAAAUAAAACAAAAAUUACCUGUGUGUAUAAAUAAAGAUACGGGAGAACACGUUUAAUUAAGUCAUUAAUACCACCGGCCUAGAUAGUUGUCAUUGUUUGUUCACGUCGCGGUGUUCUGUGUGCACAUGUAUUAUCUGCUGUGAUAGUGGUCGUAAACA